AUGACUUCUGCGAACCUUCGUUCCCUCCCUCACCUGGGCCCAGGUGAACUGGCCCUGUUAAAUCUUGCGACCGAUGAUCCACGCGAUACGGUAUUGUUGUCGGACAAGGAGGCUUUGAUCCUGCAGCUCUAUCACCAGAUCCAGGAACAGCAACUAGAAAAGGCACUACUAGAGCAAGACACGGAAUUGCUCUCGGGUGACAAUGCGGAAGAGGAACUAGCCAAAGCAGAACGUGAGCUGCUGGAGGCGAGAGCCACCUACACAGUCAGGAGGAAGGCUGUGGGAACCGUUCUUAUGACUGAUCCUGCCCUAAAAGCUGUUCAUCUGAAGGCCACCACUCCAGCUGAAAGGGCCCUUCAUCGGCUGAUCAACCGUCGCGAUGUGCUGUCCACAGUACAUGAGAAUUUGAAUGCCAUGCAUACGGCGUCGCUCCAGAAGCUUACUGGGUUGGAGGUAAAGAAUCUACAGCUCCACCAGAAGAAUCAAGAACUGGUCCGCGAGCUACUAUCCCUCACAGAGGAUGAUGAAUCCUGGAGGGAGGAUCUUGAUGACCCGGAGCUCAAAUCACAGCUAGAGCAAUUGGAGGCAGAUCACCGCAGAAGCAAAGCGAGAUGGGAGGUCAUGAAAAGCAUCGCCAGCGCUAUAGUUGUUGGGAGCGAAGUGAACUGGGCCGAAGACGAAACGCUCACCGCCCUGGUUCUAGAUGAGUCUGACGAUUAA